AUGACCUACCUACGUCCAAUGACCUACCUACGUCCAAUGACCUACCUACGUCCAAUGACCUACCUACGUCCAAUGACCUACUACGCAGACCUACCUACGUCCAAUGACCUACCUACGUCCAAUGACCUACCUACGUCCAAUGACCUACCUACGUCCAAUGACCUACCUACGUCCAAUGACCUACCUACGUCCAAUGACCUACCUACGUCCAAUGACCUACCUACGUCCAAUGACCUACCUACGUCCAAUGACCUACCUACGUCCAAUGACCUACCUACGUCCAAUGACCUACCUACGUCCAAUGACCUACCUACGUCCAAUGACCUACCUACGUCCAAUGACCUACCUACGUCCAAUGACCUACCUACGUCCAAUGACCUACCUACGUCCAAUGACCUACCUACGUCCAAUGACCUACCUACGUCCAAUGACCUACCUACGUCCAAUGACCUACCUACGUCCAAUGACCUACCUACGUCCAAUGACCUACCUACGUCCAAUGACCUACCUACGUAG